UUCCUUGGGCCUCGGCGGACCUGUUCCCAGUGCGUGCCGUUCAGUAGAUACUUGAGACCGGUUCGAGACGUGUCGAGAGACGAUAUCGGGAGCCCAGGCAGCCAUAAACCCGCGACAUCGUAGCCCAACGCACUAGCAACUAGACAGAGAGAAACGAACCCGAGUGCUUCCCGAGUCCAUUUCUUAUGAUAUGUUAUGACAGGAUCUAAAGCGAUCCUCGGACCGAAUCCCAAAACCGUCGUCCUUCGCUGAAACACCGAAAAUUCCGCGUUAAUUGAGCUGUUCGUACUGCAGCAAUUUGCAUAGGGGAGUGGAGUGUGGUGCCAGAGAGGAGUGAGAACGGCACAUAAACAAAUCUGGCCAAGUCGGAACGGUCUUGGUUCACUGAUUUAAUGCCACAAACAGAUUGCAGAUUGUACCUGCUGCCGCGCCCCUGCAACUGCAUCUUAGCCUCCUCCUGCAACCUGGCCAACCUGCUUGGCUCCGCCGAAGCUAAAGCUUGUUUCUGGCGGAAGAGCUGCUGCUGCUGGAGCGCCAGAGCCGGCUAACAAAAAAAAGGAGAAAAAAUUCUGAAUAAAAAAAAAGAGACGUAAAGAACAUCGCCGUUGUCGUCGUCUUGGAAUUUUCUUCGCUUUCGAAAAAAAACAACGCGCCUGGCCGACCAGGCAAAAAGUGUAAAAAGCCAAGCAAAUGCAAUCGCGGCUCAAAGCAAAAAAUUAGCGCAUAGUGAAGAGAGUGUGGCCAAGUGUGUGUGGUAGUUGUAGUGCUUGUGUGAGUGUGCCCAGCUGAGUGGAGGAAAAAAAAUUGAAAAAGUGUCAAGCAAGAGGAGAGCCGGCAAUGCGACCAGGCGACCCCGACGGGUUAAUUACCGUUAUCCUUGCACAGAAACAGCGGCCACUAAACGGUACUCAAGUUGUGGAUUACGUCUGCGCCGCGUUGUCGCCGCGUGAAAGGACAACAGCCGCCAGCCCCAGUCACUGCAUCAGCAACAACAACUGCAGCAGCAGCAACAUUUGCAGCAGCAGCAACAACAACCACUGUUAGAGCCAUAAAAACCGCAUUGAACACAAGGCAAAGUCAAGUGAACAUUCCAGCGGGCUAAUUGGCACGCCGCGAAAUCAAAACGAGAGUAAAAGAGCCCAGCCGAAGCCUUCACCAUGAGCAGCCAGCUGCAGGAGGAGGAGGACUAGCGACUGACAAAGGCGAUAACUGGCAAUAAGCGUGAGGUGGCAGCAAAGGAUUCCGGAAAAGUCUACGCUACGGAUAAGCCCAGGAAAAUGCCAUCCGUAGGCAAUAGCAGUGGCGGUGGCGGUGGCAACGAUGCUCGUCUCAGUUACGUUGUAAAUCAAGUUGCAUCCGCAUCCGCCUCCCAGGCCACCUUUCCCACCUUCAGUCCCCCGCGCAUUGAGAGCCUGGUGGCCAGCAGUUCGGCGGAGGAUUUGAGCAGCUUUGGCGACGUGACCUUCGACCUCUUUGACGACGAUGACGACCUCUUUGGCUCCCCGAUGGCCUUCGAUGGCAGCGAGAAUGGCCUCUGGAACGGUCGCUUCGUACCGCCCCCGCCAAGGCCGCCCUUCUUUGUGGACGAGCCCGUCCUUAGUGACGGCCUGACCACAUGCGACCUCUGCUCCUGGGCGAUGCCCACCAAGAGCACCUUCAUGUUUGAGGGGACGAUAGAAAAGGCCACAGAACUGGGCUGGCCACUGACGUUGAUCAUCGUGUCCGUGUUGUCGGCGCUGCUAGGCGCCAUCAUCAUGAUUGCCGUGGUGCGCUGCCGGCGCAAAAAGUCCUCCAACAAUCGCAACGACACGCACGUGCAGUGGUGGUCACGCAACAAGCGCGCCCACGCGAAUGGGCUGAACGGUGCGAAUGGCGGCGCCGGUGGAGCGGCGGGAGGAGCUGCUGGCCACCACCCGGGCCACCAUCAUCAUCACCAUCAUGGCGGCAGCAGCAGCAACAUCAACAACAACCACCUGCGGCGAAGCAACAUCUACACGGCUCACCCGGCGGACAGUAUCCGGGGACUGCAGCCACUGCCGGUGGUGCUGCCCCUGCCGCUGACCCUGCAGCAUCCCCAGUCGCCCACUGCUCAGUCUGGAAGCCAGGUGGCUGCUCCGUCUGCCCCGUCGAGUCACUACUUCCAUCCCUUCCAGCAGCAGCAGCACCUGCAUCAUCCCCAUCAGCACCAGCAUCAUCAUCAUCAUGUGCCGCUGUAUCCGCAGCAGCAGCAGCAGCAGGAUUGUGACGAGGAUGCGGCCUACGAGGAGCCGGAGUAUCACCAGCCGCAGAUCCUGCAUUCGGCCAACAGCAGCAGCUCCCUGUCCUCCGUGGAGUCCACGCCUAUGGCCAGGGAGGCAGCUGGAGGUAGUCAGUGGCCCCCGGCAGCCACAGCGGCCAGCAUGGUCAUAGCCAGCUGAGAGACGGGCCAGGACUGCUCCUGGAUAUGGCAGCAGCAGCAGUAGAGGUCGUCCUUCUCAGCCACUUGAGAUGCGGAGCACACGGGCGGCGCCAGAUCAUAAAGGGGAUUACACGUAACAAUUUUGUCGAGUUUAUUUUGCGCCAGUUCAUCCGAGAAGGACUCCGCAGCGAAACGAAUUUAGUGUCACUUCCGCUUCCGGUUCGCAAACUAUCGAACGGGAGAAGGAGGCUAAGAGAGAGCACACACACACACACAUGUCCUUUACAUGCCAGCCACGUUUUAUCCUUUAUUGCCGCUCGGCAUCGAAACGGGGAUUUUGGUCGGAUUAAAGCAAAUAAAGGGCGUGCUCUGCCACAAGUUUAAAUCGCAGUUUUCGGGCGUGUUCGACACAAUCCCCUGGGGGGCCGUAGUAAGCCCCUCUAAGGGGUAUAAACCACGUCGAGUCCCCAUGUUUAAAUGGACAUUUUCGGCUUUGAGCUGAGAGUGUGGUUAAGUGUAACCAGCAGCUGGUAGCUGGAAAAGCAAAGUUAAGGCAAAUAUAUUUGAGAAUUUAUAAACUCGCAAAAUCAUCCUUUAAAACAUUAAUCAAAUUACGCGCUCAAGCAGCUAAUAGCAUUUGCAUUUCUCGAAUAGAGGCACUCGUAAAAACAGAAACUCAUGACAAGCAUAUCAAACAUGUAAACCCAAACAACAGCAGAAGCCAACAAAAAAGUACUUAAAACAAUCAAACUUAACAAACUCAACGUAAACAAAAAAAUACUUAUAAAAACGUAAACGUAAACUCGCGCCAUUGUACAUAAAUUGUAAAUAUUUUUUUGCAAUCUGCUCCAAUUAGCAAUUAACUAAGGGGGCAUGCCACACACACCAAGUUGUUUCUCCUUCAACUAAAUAUGGCAGUAUUUGCAUUAUCGGAAAGUAAAAUAAAAACUAAAGCCAGCGAAACGAAAGCAAAACAUUCCUCUUCACAGCAAACGCAAAGUUCAAGUUUUCAUUUUGAAACGUAAUCAUAUUAAUAAUAAUGAAUAACACACAACCAAAGACUAGUCAUUUAAGUCACAACGUUGCUAUGUACAAAAAUGAGGGAGAAAGUAUGUUUAAGCCAGUUAAUUAAUUCGAUUUAUUUAGUUUAGCCAGAUGAAAGAACAACUGCAAUAUUGUAUUUUAAAUAUUUAUUCAUUAAAUGCACCCUCUCUCACUCUCACUCGCUCUCUCCUUCGCUACAUCUGUCCCGCAACAACAAUAAUCGUAAUUAGCAUUUAUAAUUAUAAACUCAAACAUCCAGUAAAUAAUAAAUAAUGGAAAUGAAUGGAGGCGGAGCGAACAAAAAUUACUACGAGCAACUCAGAAUGUUCCAAUGUUUAGAUUAGCCAACUAAUUGCGUGGAAAUGUAAACGAAACAAAACAAAAUAAAUAGUUUUCGCAACAAAUUCAUUAAAUUGUGCAGAAAUAAUUUAGGCACACAAAAUACAAAUCGAAAAUAACAAAGAAAAAAACACAAAA